GGUGUCCACACUCCCCGAGUCUCAGCUUCCACUUGCAGUCUCCACCCUCAAAGCUUUCACAGGGAUGGCACCGCUCCCCGUCCGUGUGCAUACACUCCUUGCGAUGCCGUACUUGAAGUAUUACCCAAAGGUUGAACCGGGAAAGGUGAACCAGAUUGAAAUGUGCAAGAUCCGUGUGCAACGCGAGUGGACUCUGGCGGACUGGGAGGACCACACGCCCCAGAUCCGGGCUCGCAGUGUCGUGCACAACGAACGGUUGGGCAACGAUGUGUGGACGAUCCAGCUCUCAGACAUUCCCUUGGCUGGGAAGCGCUCUACAACAUCCCAGGCAAUCUACGAAUCGACGAUAACCUCUGGGAAUGUCUUGCCGUACUUGACCGUCUUGGGAUACAAGAUGGAGACUGAGUUCUGGGUGCAGGGGCACCGCUUCUUCCAUAACCGCAUCAUCAUCGAGCUCACGCGAAUCUUUGUUGCAAACACAGAGACAUUCCAGCGAGAAAUGGGCGAACGAGAGAACAAGACGCCAGAAAAGAUCCCGUUGCAGUUGUUGGACAGGUCGGGGCAAUUCCUUGUUCGGGCGUAUGUCAACGUGGCAAAAAUGACCGAUGUGGAUGCGUUGAGCCGGGCAAACACGGAGUUGCUUCUGCUCCAGGCUGAAUUGGCAGGCUUGUUUGACUUGGCCAUGCCCGAUAGAAUGUGUAUGGACGGCCGGGUGGCUACCGUCCAGGAAAAGCCGUAAGGUGACCAAAAAGGUUUGUGGAUGCUUAGAAGUAAUCUUCCACGGAUGUGAACUAUUCGCAUGGCAUCACCCUAUUCUACAUGGUAUUCAACCAAGUAUCGGAGCUUGCAUAUAUACCUGGGUUAUAAAGGUGCCAAAAUCCCAUGCCAUUCCCGGUAAGUUCAUGGCUAACAUUAUUUAAAUUUAUAGGAAAUGAUCAUUUGAACAAAUUGACGAGAUUAAUAUGCCUAAAUGUA